AUGGUAAUUAAAAAGACAGCCAAAAAGUAAAGAGUCUUACGUACAUCUCAAGGAGUUCUAAAAUAAUCAAAUAAGAAAGUUGGUUUUAUCAGCGCCACUGCAUUAACAUAAUAACCAGGGAAGCUUUUGAGGAGACUUGGCGAAAAAAAAAAAGGGAUGAGAGAAUUAAGAAGAAUCAAAAGAGAAACACAAAAAUAAACAAGAAAGCCAAAAGACAAGUAGCAAGAAUAACUUGAAGAGCAAGAAGAUGUACUUGAAUUACCAAAUACAUUCAUAAUUGAUUCAUUGAAAAUAUCACCUGAAGAUGAAUAAAUCUUAUCAUAAUUUAUGGUUGGAAAUGAUACUAAAACUAAUUAAAUUAUAGAAGACUUUUAAAAAGGAUUAUAAGAUGAUGAAAAUAAGAAACACCACGAAAAUAUUAUGAAUAAUCCAAAAGUAGUAUGUGUGUAUGAAAAGUAAAGAAUAAUAAAUUAAUAUUUUAUAGUGUUGCAGAAUUAAUGAAAACAUACAGAUCAGGUAAAUUGCCAUAACCAUUCCAUCUAAUCCCAAAAUUGGAACAUUGGAAAUAAGUGUUUGAAUUAACCAAACCUUUGGAAUGGUCUCCUUAAGCAAUCUUUGCCGCUACCAAAAUCUUUUCUUCUGCAUUAGAUAGAUAACAAACUGAAUAUUUAUAUUCCACUGUCAUAUUACCUGCAGUCAGACUCAGUAUUCAACAAGACAAAAGAUUAAAUGUCCAUUUAUAUAAUGCAUUAAUUAAAGCUAUGUAUAAGCCUUAAGCAUGGUUCAGAUCAAUAUUGUUUCCUUUAUGUUUAGAGAAGGAUUUUACCCUAAAAGAAGCAUAGAUUAUAGGCAGUGUUAUUCAUAAAGUAAAUCCCUUAAUUUGAUAUUCUAGUUACAUGUUCCACCUAUUCAUGGUUCAAUAGCCAUCUUUAAAGUUGCUUAGUUAGAUUUUACAGGUCCAGUUGCUGUGAUUUUGAAAGUGUUAAUUGAAAAGAAGUUUUCUCUGCCAGAACGAGUAUUAUUUAACAAUAUUUUAGGCUUUGGAUGAAGUGAUUAAAUAUUUUAUGAGAUAUGAAAAUGAUCCAAGAGAAAUGCCAGUUAUUUGGCAUCAAAUGAUUUUGAGAGUCUGUGAAUUGUAUCAGCUUAAAUCAGAUCAUAAAGACUAAUUAAAAAAAUUAAUCAAUAAAAAGAAGCAUCAUUUGAUUACCAAGGAAAUAUAGAAACAACUAAAUAAAGGCACUAAAAUGGAUGUAGAAAAAUGA